GGUCUCCGCUGUCUCCGCCGCUCGCCUGAGCAGUUCCCCCCCCGCCGCUCUCGCCCCGCCAUGGAGGACGCGACCGAGAUGAGCGGCGGCCCGGAGGAGUUCGCUGAGGGCUCCAAGAUCAACGCGAGCAAGAACCAGCAGGACGAUGGGAAAAUGUUUAUUGGAGGCCUCAGCUGGGACACCAGCAAGAAAGACUUGACAGAGUACCUCUCUCGGUUUGGCGAGGUCGUGGAUUGUACGAUUAAAACGGACCCGGUCACUGGGAGGUCGAGGGGGUUUGGCUUCGUGCUCUUCAAGGACGCUGCCAGUGUGGAGAAGGUGUUGGAACUGAAGGAACACAAACUGGAUGGGAAGCUAAUAGAUCCUAAAAGGGCAAAAGCCCUAAAAGGGAAGGAGCCACCGAAAAAAGUGUUUGUCGGUGGGCUGAGUCCAGAUACAUCGGAAGAACAGAUUAAGGAGUACUUUGGCGCUUUUGGCGAGAUUGAAAACAUUGAGCUUCCCAUGGACACAAAGACGAAUGAAAGGAGGGGCUUCUGUUUUAUCACGUAUACAGACGAAGAGCCAGUAAAGAAGUUACUAGAAAGCAGAUACCAUCAAAUUGGUUCGGGCAAGUGUGAGAUUAAAGUAGCACAGCCCAAAGAGGUAUACAGGCAACAGCAGCAGCAGCAGAAAGGAGGAAAAAGCAAUGCAGCUGGUGGACGAGGAGGUGGAAGGGGGCGUGGACGGGGUCAGGGACAAAACUGGAAUCAAGGAUUUAAUAAUUACUAUGAUCAAGGAUAUGGGAACUACAAUAGCGCUUAUAGUGAUCAAAGCUACAGUGGCUAUGGAGGAUAUGACUACUCUGGGUACAACUAUCCCAAUUACGGAUAUGGGCCGGGAUACACAGAUUACAGUGGUCAACAAAGCACAUACGGAAAGGCAUCCCGUGGUGGCGGCAAUCACCAAAACAACUACCAGCCGUACUAAAGCAGUACCUAGUACUUGAGGAAACAGCGGGAACUUCAUUGCAGGCCGUGUGUCACCCUGACCACGUCUAUCUCUGGGGUCGCACGUUGCAGGCAGAGCGCAAGGCAUACACCAGAAAACGCUGUCCUGUGGUAUGGUCUCUUCCAACUUCAUGUACCAGCGUAAAGAUUAAAGUGGAAAACUUCAGACUUUGGCUUCUUUUUUUAAUCUUUUUGGAGAUUAAGUGUCUUUAACUUAAAUGGUUUUUUACAGGAGUUAAAGUACAUAAAUGCCUUUACAGCUUAAUCAUUUGGUCUUCUGUUUAGUGUUGUAUUUCAAUUGUGGAACCUCAUUUUAAGUGUGCAUUCUUUAAGAUUUAAUGCUUGCUUUUUUCUUUUUAUAGCUAAUAGUGAAAUCUGCAAACCAAAACGAACUUUUAAAUCUGGAAAAACAUUAAAGAUCAUAUGCACGUGGACUGUUUGAACUAAAUCGACCUGACUUGUGUUUGCACAGCAGUCGUUUAGACGGAUAAACAAAUAAUCAGAAACCCUUUUGGCAGUGUUUCCAGUGGUAAAAAAAAAAAAAAAACUGAUCCAGAGCCUGAUUAAUAGUCUAAAUCGGAUGCGUGUUGUUCUGGAACAGCUUCCUAAAUGGGCUGAAUGGCUAUAUUUGGGAAGAUAAAUUACUGACAGGUAACAAAACCCCUUGUGUUACCUUAGUAAAUAUGCAUAUGAUCUUUAACAGUGAAGAAAGGAAUAUAUAGAAGACUUAAAGCAGUUCAUGAAAAUGGACCUUUUAACAAUUCUUGUAGUAACUUGCACAGAUCUGACAUACAUUUUGUCUUGAUUUUUAGGUAGAGAUACUGCAACAAAGCCAUCUUGCAGCGCAUCGUGAGUGAAUGGAGGGUGGUCUUCGUGAGAGGAAAUGACUAUUUUGUAAAAGACUUUUAGUGUACGACACAACUGUGUCCAACUGUACAUAGCGGCCGACUAGUUUUCUUUAUAUGGUUUUUACUUUCUUUUUGCCAUUCAUGUUAUGACACAAUGUGGACUUGUGUUUAUACAAACUUUAUUUGUAUAAUUUCAUGUUAAAGGAUUCUCUAAUAAAUGCUUACUUAAGAGAAC